AUAGUAGCUUCUUGUAUGUUCUCUCCUCUGGAAUGGACAGAUAUCUCUGUGCUGUUUACAUCCACCUGUCUGGACCAACUGCUCAGCUACUCAGUUUAAGCAAAUUACAGUUAGGACACAGAUGAUCAUGAGCAGCACUCUGGGACAGUUUACUAAAGGAGCUUCCUGGGAGGAACUCAUUCAGGCAAGCAUCCAGUCAUUCGAUGACGAUGGGAAUCUUUGCCACAGCAACCAUCUUUUGAACAUCACCCUCACCAUGCACAGAUCACUACUGUCCUCCAAAGAGCUGCUGGAUAAGCUGAUUCGCCUCUAUAAAAAGACACUGGAGGGUGAACAGCCUGCAGCGUGCUUGAAAAUAUGUUAUUUCAUUCGGUAUUGGAUAAGUGAGUUCUGGACCAUGUUCCAAUUGCACAGCUGUCUAGAAGAAACCUUGGAGCAGUUUAAGGAGCUUAUGAGGGAAAAUGGUCAAGAGAAUUUCAGCUCUUUGCUGCAAACAAAGUGGAUGGGUGACAGAGUGUGGUCUCACAAAGCCAGUCAGAAAAUCAAGGUAAGAAGCAGCAGAAAGAGGAAAGUUUCUUUGCUCUUCGAUCAUUUGGAGCCAGUGGAGUUAGCUGAACAUCUCACCUACUUGGAGUUCAAAUCUUUCUGCAGGAUAUCUUUUGCAGAUUAUCAGAAAUAUAUCAAAAAUGAGUGUUUGUCAGAGAACCCAACCAUGGAACGUUCCAUUGCGCUGUGCAAUGGUAUCUCCCAGUGGGUACAGCUCAUGGUGCUCAGUCGACCGACCCCUCAGCUCCGAGCCGAGGUUUUCACCAAGUUCAUCUAUGUAGCUCAGAACCUCCAGCAGAUGCAGAACUUUAACUCUCUCAUGGCUGUAGUGGGAGGUCUCUGUCACACGUCUAUUUCCCGACUGAAAGACACGUGUACACAUGUGCCAAAUGAAACCACCAAGGUUCUGAAUGAAAUGACUGAUCUACUCUCAUCAUCUCGAAACUAUGAUAAUUACAGACAAGCAUACAGCAGGUCCACAGGUUUUAGGAUUCCUAUCUUGGGAGUGCAUCUGAAGGAUUUGAUCACUGUCAAUGAGGCCAUGACUGACUACCUAGACAACAAAAAGAUCAACGUGCAGAAGCUUCAAGCCCUCUACAACCACAUAAAUGAACUCAUCCAACUGCAGCAGAACUUACCGCUUCUUGAUGCAAACAAAGACCUAGUGCACUUACUGACCCUGUCUCUUGACCUGUACUACACCGAGGAUGAAAUCUAUGAGCUGUCCUACGCAAGAGAGCCGAGGAACCACAGAGCACCUCCGGUGACUCCUUACAGACCCCCUGUGGUGGUGGACUGGGCUUCAGGUGUUGCUCCCAAGCCAGACCCCAAAACCAUCAGCAAACACGUUCAGAGAAUGGUUGAUUCUGUAUUUAUGAAUUAUGACCAUGAUGAAAAGGGCUUCAUCUCCCAGGAAGAUUUUGAGAAAAUUGCUGCGAGUUUUCCGUUCUCAUUCUGUGUUACAGACAAAGACAAAGACGGACUCAUCAGUAGAGACGAGAUCACGGCGUAUUUCAUGAGAGCCAGCGUCAUCUGUUCCAAACUCGGCCUAGGUUUCUCUCACAACUUCCAGGAAACCACAUACAUGAGGCCUACCUUCUGUGACAACUGCUCUGGAUUUUUGUGGGGCGUCAUUAAACAAGGUUACAGAUGCAGAGACUGUGGAAUGAACUGCCAUAAAUCCUGCAAGGAUCAGGUAGCAUUCGAGUGUAAAAAGAACAAACCCAGCAGCAACGCAGACCUGAGUCCACCUUCUCAUACACCAGAUACCUCUGCAAGUGGUCACGAUGAUGAAACUCGAUUUGUCUAUCCACCUGAUGCUCUACCAGACAGUUCUGAGCUCCAUAAACAGUUCGGACUGAGAAACACAACCGUCCACAGAAGUACUCAGACAGAAGGAACACCAUCAACCAGCCAGGUGCAGUCGUCUCUGCUGUGUCCUAGUGGACCACCCCUCACACCAUGCCCGAGCCCUGUUCCUCAGCGCAAACGAGUGUGUGCCAGCAAGACUCCAAACACACUCGACCUGGCUGAGGAGAACAAAUCCAGCUACGAAGCUCUAAAGAAGGAGAACCAAUCUCUACAGAAGAGUAAGGAGAAGCUCCAGAGAAAGCUAAAAGAAACCGAACGCGAGGUGGAGGUCCUAAAAACGCUCUUGAAACGGCAUGCUCUCCGUCCAGCCAAGGAGGAUUCCUCAUCAUCCUCAUGAUCAUGUAAACCUUAUAUUUGUUCACUCAAAAAAACUCAAAAUGCAGGACCGUCAUGGACUAGUGGGACACAGGACCCUGCCAUAUUCACAAUGAUUCACUAGAACUCAGGGUCACAAUCCAUUCUGUUUUAAAGCAGUGUCUUGUGAGUCUACCUGUUGUUAACGAUCAUAUAUAUGGUGUGAUAUCUGGGGCUUUUGUUUGCUGCUCUGCUGUUGUAAGUGUACACCAACACACCAGGUACUGCAGCUACUCUUCCUGACAGUAUAAUGACUCUGAUAUAUGUGAAAAGAAAGCAUUAGUGUUCUCAGUGUGCUUUUUAAUUAGCUGAUAUGUAACAGGAGGACAGCUGGCAGGUUAGAAAACACACUAUUUCAGUCUCACCUACUUACAGAAAUUUUGCGCUUCACAGUUAGUACAAAUUUUUAAUUAUCAAUGACUUUUUAGGUUUUAGCAGCCUUAACAAGAUAGAAAGGUGAAAACCAUUCAAAUGUUUCACUUUACAGACUCGAUAGCUAAACUUCAGUUCGAUUUUGAACAUAUAGCACAUUUAGCAAUGUUUCAAAGCACCAAAAUUUAUAUUAAUGAGCAAACCUGAGACAAUGGUGGCAAGGAAAAUCUGUCUGAGAUGUUGUGAUCAGUUUUAUCUAUAUACUUUAUGUAGUCAAGUGGAGCAAUAUAGAAGCAUGAGCAUCAGCGUAUGGGGGCACGGUGGCUUAGUGGGUAGCACGUUCGCUUCAUACCUCCAGGGUCGGGGUUCGAUUCCCGCCUCGCCUUGUGUGUGCGGAGUUUGCAUGUUCUCUCCGUGCCUCGGGGGU